UGAGUCCUGCAGUGUAGGCAUUGUAUAAACGUUUGUGAAUGCAUUAUCUGAUCGUUCAAUAUCGAAUAUCAGUGGAGUUGCAGAUACAAAGAUAUCGUUUUAUAUGUGAUUACAAGGAAGUGAGAAUUCUUUUCCAAAUUAUGCGUAAACAGUUAGCGUGUUGAAACAUCAGAAAUCAGUUGGAUUCAGUCAAAAAAUCUGUCAGUUCCAUUGAGUAAAAUUGAAUGACGCCUAUUGAAUGAGUUAUAUUUAAAAUAAAAUGACGUUUAAAAGUAUGCAGGAAUUUUUCAAAUAGCUUAAAUCAUAUAUACUCACUUCCUCACCUAGUGAUAAUGAAAUUUUCCAGAUGCUCACGUACCGUUUGAGAGCCGAUGUUACUGCACACUGAAUUUAGCGAGCUGAAAUACAAUCUCAACAGCAAUUGGCUGAAUGUUGAGUGCUCAGCCAUCCCUAUAUCACAUACAUAUCAAAAACAGAACACAAAUCAGACCUAUUUCCAUCACAUUAUUCAAAUGCUUUCGAAUCAUUCUACACACCGAAUGGCAGUAAUCAUCCUAUUUUCUAUUUAAAUUUCAAAUCAGGUUCAUCUUUCUUUCAGGAUGGUACUAACUGACAACGACUCAAACAAAUCAUCUUUCCGUAAAUCUGAGGAGACUUUAUAUGCAACAAAUGAAGAGUCAUUUGUGAUAAACUGUGAUCGGAGAAUGCAGAAAAAUUUCGUCAACAUUUCGAAAUAUGACAAACGUGUGAUUGUGUUCUCUAUCAUACUCAUUAUAAUUGCAAUAAUCAUCGUUAUAGCCCCACACUUCUUGUAAGUAUUCAUCAUUCUCUUGUGUAUGUUAGAUUAAAGUGGGUCCCUCGACUUGAAUCCGGUUGUUCACUUUAUAAUGACUAUGGUAGUUUGGUAAGUUUAAUUCAGCUUCAGUAUUCUGUUCAUUGUGGACGU